AGCUGGUCUAUUCUGGUUGAUGUGUGUGUUUUAGGUCAUAUGCCUCUCAGACUGAUUGGAGAGAAGGGCCGGUGCUCUGGGAGGCUGGAGGUGUAUCAUAACGCUGUGUGGGGCUCAGUCUGUGAUGAUCAGUGGGACAUCAGCGAUGCUCAGGUGGUCUGCAGGCAGCUGGGUUGUGGAGCAGCACUGAGGGCUGAUGGGAAUUCAACCUUUGUUGCUGGUGAAGGUGUUGUGUGGAUGAACAAAGUCGAGUGCAGAGGGAAUGAGAUUCACCUGUGGGACUGUCCUCUCUCCCUGAAUAAACACACUGACUGCUCACGCAAGAGGCUUGUUAGACUCACCUGUGAAGAUCACAACUUGUCAGAUGUGUCAGUGUCCACUUCUCCUGCCACAACAUCAUCAGCUUCUCCUCCAGUGCGCUCAACAUCAGUCGCUCCUCCACAAACUCCUCCACCAGCGUCUCCCCCAGUGCUUGUGAUUGUUCUGGGAGUUGUGCUCUUACUGCUCUUAGUGCCACUGCUUAUACUGAUUCAGCAGAACAGAGUGAUGAGGAGAGCUCUCUCUAAGAGGAGACACAGGACGAUGUCUGAGGCCGUUUAUGAGGAGAUUCAGCACAGACACAAUCACUUCACUCAGAGGGGUGAGACAUGAGCCAUCAAUCUUAUUUAAUACCAUUAAUAAGAGUCUGUCAGACAGUAGAUGUUGAUCUAUUAUUAGUCCUGUUAAACCUCCUGCUUCAAACCACAGAAUUCCUGACAGAAAACCACAGAGCUGCAGGUGCAUGUGUGUGUGUGUGUGUGUGUGU